CCGUAUGGCGAGAUCAACGCGCUCGUGCGACACCCGACCCUGUACGAGCCGCUCCUCAAGCCUCGCUUCCCUAUCGUGCUCUGCCACGGCCUGUACGGCUUCGACGUGCGCGGGCCGGGCUUCUUCCGCCUGCACUACUGGGGCGACCUCCUCAGAAUCCUGCGUGGCAAGAUCGGCGCCGAGGUCUACGUCACGGCGGUCCCAGGGACGGGCUCGGUCAAGAAGCGGGCGCACGUGCUCCACCAGUCGCUCGAGGAGACGCGCGAGCUCCUCAACCGCGACAUCAACUUUGUCGCACACUCGAUGGGCGGCCUCGACGCUCGGUACCUCAUCUCGAACAUCCGCCCGACCCUGUACCACCCCAAGUCGCUCACGACGCUGUGCACGCCGCAUCGCGGGUCCGAGUUCAUGUCGUGGUGUCGCGCCAACAUCGGCAUCGGCACCGAGUACGAGGGCAACGAGGCGCUCAACCUGCGCCCGUCCGUCUCGGCGUCGCUCGACGAGCCCGACGACACGUCGAUCCCGCUCCCGUACUCGCUCAAGGCGCCCAUCCUGUCGCGCGAGCAGUCGUCGAUCCACCUCCCGGGCCUUCCGUUCAACCUGUCGGCGAGCGUGACGGGCUACCUCCUCAACCUCCUCGACUCGCCCGCCUACGCCAACCUCGCGCCCUCGUUCCUGCGCGACGUGUUCAACCCGUCGACGCCCGACGACCCGGCCGUCAAGUACUACUCGAUCGCGGCGCGCGCCGAAAAGGUGCCCAUCUGGCACCCGCUGUGGCUCCCCAAGCUCGUCCUCGACGGCGCCGAGCGCGCUCGCGUCGACUCGGGCUGCGCCGCUCCUCCCGAGUGGCGCGGCAACGACGGCCUCGUCAGCAUCGAGUCGGCGCGGUGGGGCGAGUUCCUCGGCACGUUCGACGCGUGCGAUCACUGGGAGAUGCGGGGCUCGAGCGGGCUCAGCUCGGCCGAGGCGAGCAAGGCGGCCGUCGAGCAGGUGACGCGG